AUGUUUGCAACAUUUUCAAUAAGAUAUUUCUAUCACUUUUAUUUUUGUCACUUUCUCACGCCGAUUUCUGAUACAUUUUUUGCUUUCGUUUUUUUUUCUUUUCAAUCAAAGAAACCUGUUCAGGCUCCAUUUUUUUUCUCCUUCAACACUUUCUCCGCUCACCUUACAGUUCUCUCUUUUUCUCUCCCUCUCUUUCUCUCUCUAUCUCUCACAUUCUUUCUCUCUCUCUCUCUCUCUCUCUGUAAUAUAAUUGAGAUUCUUUUGUAUUCUUCCUAUACGCUUCUUGCCGUAAUUAUUUAUUCCUUUCUCUUUCUUCCAUUCUCUCUUUCUUCCUUUUUCUCUUUCUUCCUUUUUCUCUUCCUUCUCUUUUCCUUUCUUUCUUUCCAUUCCCAUUUCCUUCUAUUCUUCUUUCUGUUCUUUCAAUAUUUUUUGUCCGAUAUCAACACUUACUUUUUCUCAACACUUCGUUUUCGAUUUUUUUCGUAUCUAUUUUCAAAAUUAUUAUUCGCUCCCACUCUCUCUCUCUCUCUCCCUCUCUUCUUGUUGAAUGUAACUUCCUUUGCUCUUUCUUUCUCAUCUUCCUUGCCUCACACACACGCCCAUAUACGCACACAUAUACUCACUUGCAAACAAACAGAGAAAUAUUCUUACACAUUUUUGUUCCUGUUUUGUCUGAUCAAAUUUUUCUUGUCUACAAAUAUCUCCUUGCCGUGUUCACGCCUCUGUCUCUUGGAUUCCUCCUUAAGCCUUCGCUUGGCUUCUUCUUUUUUUUUUUUCUUGCUUUUCAUCACUCAAAGAGUUCUUUUUUAUACUCUUUCUUUUAUCACUUUUAAUUUUAAACUUUCUUGCUUUUCCUUUCGUUUCCCUGUCUCGUUUAAUUUAUGGCCUCGCUGGCUUUUUAAAGCAAUUUCUUUCCAUCUUUACCUAUCAUUCUUCUCCUACCAAACUUUUCCUGACUUUUCUCAUCAGCUAACUUUCCCUUAUUUUCACUUUCAUUUUCCCACAAUACCUCUCUCUCCCCCCCCCUCUCUCUCUCUCUCUCCCUCACUCACUCAAUCAAUCUAUCUAUCUAUUUCUGUCUUUUUAUCUAUGUAUCUUUUCCCUUUAUCCGCCUCCCCAAUUUUCCCGCGUCACUAUCGUUCUGCAACAUUGAUUUUUGUAAGGUUUGCUCCCGUGGGAAGUGUCUAUGUGAAGCGACCAGAUUCGCCAGACAUUCUCAGCUUAUUUCACGCUGGGUGGAUAUACUGCUCGGAAAAGAAAGGAAAGAAGAAGAAAAAGAGGAAAUAA